AUGUACGCAAGCAAUGUUCUUCAGUCUCCAGAAGCCUGCGGGCUCUCCUUUCUCGUCGGAGUCAUUCUACAUCUCUACGUCUUCCGAUUCGGCGAAUGGGAUCUCUCGGCACAACGCAUCAUCACGAGCUUCACGCUCGCCUAUGCAGCAAUUAUCGGGGUCAUUAUGGUGCUGCCGCCUUUCAUACCCAUGGUUUCCAGAACCUCAGUGGAGGCGACCAGCUUGGCUCAAGUCUCCAAAGCUGCUACUAUACUCUUCUCGUCACUUACGACGGGCAUCUACACAAGCAUGCUAGUAUACCGAGGCCUAUUCCAUCGCCUGCGUGAAUUUCCCGGCCCCUUUCUUGCCAAGUUCACGAACCUCUACGUCACGUUCAAGAUCUGGAACCGGAUGCACCUCCACGAGAACGUGCGAAAGCUACAUGAGAAGUACGGCGACGUGCCCGGCGCCAUCGACGCCGUUUUCUUGGACACGGAUUGUAUGAAAGGGCCAUGGUAUAAUCUGCUUCACCCCAUGGUCUCAAUGCAGAUGGUUCGCGACAAGGAGGCGCAUUCUAGACGACGAAAAGCGUGGGAAUACGGCUUCACUUCGAAAUCACUUCGCGAUUAUGAACCCCGCGUCCUCAAGUAUACCGACCACCUCCUCGCCGACAUCGAAGUCAGCGCGGGCACCAAGUUCAACGUAUCCCUCUGGUUCAACUUUUACAGCUUCGAUGUCAUGGGCGAAUUCUCCCUGGGCCACGGGUUCCGCAUGCUCGAAGACGGCGUCGCGCACUUUUACAUGAACUCGCUGCACGACGAGACCAAGGCCGUCGGGCGCUUUACACACGCGAUGUGGGCUCUGCCGCUCUAUCGCAAGAUGGCCAUCUGGAACGCCGGCGUCAAGAAGUUCAAAACAUGGAUUUCGGGCCAGGUGCAACAGCGGAUCCAGAAUAAGCCCGAGAGCCCCGAUAUCUUUACGUGGGUGUUGGAGGAUUAUGAGGCUAAGAAGGAGCAUUCCUUUCAGGAUAUGCUUAAUUUGUACGGGGACUGUAUUUUGAUUACAGUUGCUGGAAGCGACACUGUGGCAGCUGUCCUGUCAUGCCUGUUCAUGGAGCUGGCCCGACAUCCGAAAGAGUACAGGAAACUGCAGGACGAAGUCGACGAGUACUUUAGAGGACAUGACAAGCCUGAACAUGCCGCCCUUUCAAAGCUACGAUAUCUUCAAGCCUGUAUCGACGAAUCAUUGCGUCUUCAUCCACCUGUACCCUCGGGUGUCCAGCGAAUGACGCCGCCAGAGGGUCUUCAAGUAGACGACGUCUGGCUUCCUGGAGACACCAUUGUCUUUGUACCGUCAUAUACACAGUAUAGAGACGCCAGGUUCUUUGAAAGACCAGACGACUUCAUCCCAGAACGAUGGAUCAAUCAGCCAGAACUCGUCAAGAACGCCUCAGUCUACGUGCCAUUCUCGACAGGACACGACGUAUGUAUCGGGAAACAGCUCGGCCUCCUCGAGGCGCGAUUUGUGACUAGCGCCAUCGUGCACAAGUACAACCUGCGAUAUGCACAGGGGCAAACAGGGGAGAUGUUCCUGGAGGGCAACAAGGACACGGGUACGCUGACCGUUGCCCCGCUCAAUGUGGUAUUCUCGCCGAGGAAAGCGUAA